UUCAAAAACCAAAGCGAAGCAAGCUGAUAAAUCUGCGUCAGUGUCCAAACUUUUAUCAUCUUGGCCCUGGCUGGUGCCAAGGAUAUAAGCGCUUGCGCGAAUGUUCCUUCGGAGUUAGGCUUUUAUACCUCGGUAUUGGUGGGAUGAACGAAUGGAUACGAAGUUCCCAGCUGCGGCAAUGUCACUGCGCGCUGUUUGCACUUGAGCCAAUGGGGUGGGGACACUGCCCCUGCUCUCACCCUUUUCGAGAGCAAACGUUUUGUAUGUACACAAUCACCUUUAUUGUUUUUUAAUCUAUCCAUCACUGAACGAUUGGUCCUAAAGCACUCGUAUAUUGGCAAUAAAUUUUAAUGAUCCAAUACUUUUAUAUUCGAAUAAUCGUAUCUUUAUCCCUGCUAUAUCAAGUUUGUCAAUUUAAACGAAAUUGCGCUACGAAUCAUCUAAAUAACUGACCAAUUAUAUAUCGUUAUAAUAAUAAUAAUUUGGUUCAUUUCGUGCAAAUUUUAUAUUAUAUAACGCAAAUAAAUUUAUUAUCGGUAUUUAUUUUAUACUAAUUUUUCGCGUUAAUUUAAUUAUUUUUAGCAUAAUAAAAAAAUAAAAAGAUCCUUUAGAAGUUUUGAAUUCCGUUGACACGGCAGAAAACAAGAUUCUUUUGUCGAGAGCGAACUAAUGAUCCAGUCAGCAAGUAACUGUCCUCAAUAGUUACUACGUCCCUCUCCAGAUUUUUUAUCGAUCAUCAAAGUAGAUCGUCAAAGAUUAAAUAUGACUACUCGUCGAGAGCGCUCAACGUGAACAUUUCUUUACGAUUGAACGAUGAGUGCGCUGCAAUUACUGGAAAAAUUCAAGGCAAUGUUAGGACCAAUGACAAAUUCGAGCCCGUUUAAAAGUAUCAUCGAAAGUUUUUUCUUUUUUUUUUCUUUUUUUUAAUUUUUAAACCAAAUUAAUCUAUUGCGGUAGCAAGAAAAUGAAUCGCCCCGUCUUAUAUUUGGAACGAUUCCAUAAAACGUAAUGGAAAAUCAACCUCUUUCUCCGUCUACCUCUUUCAUUGAUUUCCAAUUUUUCCCGAAGAUGCAUAUUUUUUAGACUUCUUUCGAGCGUCUACAAGGAGUAGAAUUUCAUAGGGGGAGAGGAGAGAGGGAAAUAAAAGAGUAGAAUUUUUCGUAAAAACGAUGGUCAACGAGAAAGAAAAAGAGGGAGAAAGCGUGAUGGCGUGAUUAAACCGAUAGCAGAGAUACGGGCAAAAUGGUGAUGGACGAUUUUGGAAGAAAAGGAAGAAAGCGAAGGAUCGGUUUUGGUUGGCGUGGUCUUCGUAGCGUGGUUGGGUGGGAGUAGUGAACGGGUGGCAGAGGGUGGCUCUGUCCGUGUAAUCGUAUCGUAUGCAGUCGUCUAGCGUGAGUCCGCGCGAGUGGAUCGCGGAGUCGCAUCGCUCUCGGUGUCGAGGCACUCGCACGGCGGAAACCCUCAUUAACGUCCCCUUACUACGUCCUUUCGCAUUAUUUCUCGCGGACCCGUUCAAUCGCGUGAACCAAACGACGUGAGCAUUAUGCGCGCAGCCAGAGGGCGCGUACGCAUGAACCACCAUAAAAACGGAAUCCCUGUGAACGAUGAAAUCGUGAACGAACCUCGGAUGUUCGCGCGUUCACCGAGGCUUUGACACAUUGGCCCGCCUCACCCUUAGUAGACGCGUUCGAAGUCGAUCGUAGAAAGAGCUCGCGUUUUAUCAUCCCCCGAUACUACCCCUCUCCACCCCCUAUUCUCCAACCCCGUCAUUAUUCGCGCGUACCUCGACUUCGAGACGCGUAUACAUCGGAACGAGCACCGUAGAACGUCUCUCUAGGUCUCACCUGGUUCUCCACCUGUCCCGAGGAUACGAGUCCUCUCGCUUCAUCCCCUCCCCUCCCACCUACCGUAGACAACAAGUAGCGAGAUCGUAAUUAAUAUCGUAAACAAGUGCGACGCGACACUCUCCUGUUGCGAAGGGGUACGAUUUUGUUUGUUGCGCCCGAGAACUGCAUUUCGAAUAGCCGCAUAUACCUUUUUGCUGGCAACGCUGCCCCCUUUCCGCUGGGUUGCCCGCGAUCUUUUAUCCCCCUCCCUCAACUUCGAGUCGCCGAACACCGAUCCUCCGGCGGAAAAGCAGUCUUCAGGUGACGAGAAGUCGAUUCGAAUCCGUAAGUUCACUUUUUCUUCUUCUCCUUCUUCUUCUUUUCCUUCUCUCUUCGACGAACAUUCGUUUCUCACGAUCGAAUGUCACGCGCGCGCUUCGUUAUUAUUUUUAAUUACAAGAAGAAUCAGUUGAAGAACCAGUUGAAGUACAGUCGAACUUUAUCCUUUUGCUUUUAUCCUUCACCCUAAUGUUGCACCGCCCUCGACAGAAAUUGCAUGCUUUUAAAAAUUGUGAAAAAAUCUCCCUGAUCCCCUUCAAUUAAGAGAACACGUAGAGCAUGCGAUUUCCAUGCAAGCGAACGUUCGCUUGAAUCUCGCGGAAUUUUUCGGGGUUGAAGGUUGGCAAAAAACGUUUUCUUAAGGGGUAAAGGGGUAAUCACAAGGAUUCGAGGAUUCAUCGAGGGACGAAUUUCUCUCUUUUCCCGAAAUUUGAUAUGACCGCGUAGGUGUUGUUGUUGCGAGCCGCUUCAAGGCUUUGUUAUUCGGGGCCGCGCGAGGUCACGGGACGUCUUCGCGAAAGACGUUGACGUCACGACUCCGCUCUCGCGACACUCUCUCUCUCUUUCUCUCUCUAUUCGAGCAUUUUCGAAAAAUAAGGGAUCGCCUAAAGCGCGGCGAACGCGUCCUGCAUUGCGACACUUUGAACGAUAAGUUUUUCCCACGAGCAUCGUGAUCCGGGGGAGGAAAAGUUUGCCGGUAAUGCGUUUUAUCGGCUCGAUGUCGAUCCCGUCGAAACUUGCCGUUGGGGAACUCGAGAAGAUUGGAAUAAAGAAAAUUGAAUUCCCAACUUUUCCCAACUUUCUUCUUUCUCCUUUCGUAUAUAUACAUGUAUUCACCGAAAGAUAAACGUACGGGAUAUAGGAUAACUCGAGUUGGAGUUAUGGUAAUUCGAAAGAAGGGAAUAGUGAAUGGAGAUAUAAUAUACGAAAAAGCGCAUAGAAAUCGUUAUAGGAAUAGAUGAUAUUCUUUUUGAAAAAAGAAACUGUGGCAUUUCAAAAAUAUUUAUUCAAGUUUGAAAACGUUUUUAAAAUCAUUACUCAUCCCAAGGUGGAAUCGAUAUAAUCCGCCAGAGUACCUCGGCCAUUUUCCUCAUUGUCCACGUGUCGUAAUUUAUCACGGAUCGUUUUCCGUGUCCGCAUUGUUCGAAAAUAAUGAAGCGAAACGAAAUUUUCGGGGAGGGAUGUCCGUGGGCAUAAAUCAAUCCCGAACACGAAAUUUUCCGCGCUCUCGUUACGAGCGAAAGCGAGAGGCUCGUAAUAAAAGGAGCGGGAGGAUGAUCCAUUGGCAGGUCGAUCGAUUGGGAAAUCGAGCGGGUUUGGCGACACGCGCGCAGAGAGAUAAACAUGUAGGAUGUUGUCGAUGUACACGGAUGAAUAGGAUUAAUUGAUCGCGGUUAAAAUUGAUUUUCCCGGUGUCGUUGUUGCGUACAAGUAAGUUGCACGAAGUAAACGUCGGCCAAUGGGAAAAGUAUCGAUCCACGUGACCUUAACCUUUCUUAACGCGGAAAAAUUUCCCGUCGAGAACGAGUUUGAAAAAGAGUUGACUCAGAGUUGACACGCUUCACUGGCUGCAUUAAAUAUUAAUUGCCAUUCUACCAACGAAAUGCGUAAUUUCGAACGAACAAUCGAAAAUUCGAGAAAGGAAUCGUAUAUACCCACGAAUACCUGUUUUAAACGUUCUCUUUAAUAAAGGGGGAGGGAGAUGAGUUUUAUACGAGCAUAAAAUGGUUUUGAAAUUACGCGAGUUUAAUUUAAAUGGCGGUCGUUGAAACAAAUUGAAAGCAAAAAUUUCUUUGAUCAAACGGACGGGAUUAUAACGGUAUUAUAAUCCCUUUACUUUGUACUUGACGCGAUGAAUCUUGCUUGGACAUGUUUUAUGGGGGGAAAAAAAAUAUCCAUGCAGCAUUAUUGCUUUCGAGAAUGAUGUAAAUGUUAUCCAACUCUGCAAUAAACUACGCGAAUUUAACGGUGUUAUCCGUCUACGUGCGACGCAACGAAUUCCGGAUACCAAUUACGUUUUACUGCGCCACGAACAAUUAAUCAUUCCACGAGCGUAUCCUCUACUCAUCGUAUUUUUCUACAUUUCUAUUGAUCAAAAAAACAAACGAAAAGAAAAAAAAACAAAUUGACGAGAUACAAAUCAAUACAUAUACCUAGCUAUACUACAGAUACACUUGAAACCCCCGAUUAUCUCGUUUAGAUAGACGAUCGAAAUGCGCAUACGAAUCGCAUGGGAAAAGGAAAUGUACGUACAAACACUUGAAUGCACGGUAUCGCUUCGAUUCAAUAUACAUGUAUACAUAUACACAUCCAUUGUAUAAUAUAAUCAUGAAUCAUGGUUCGCAUCAAUGAUAUAUUUUCUCAAUCGUGAAAAAAAAAAUUGAAAUAAAUAUUUGCUCGCGAAUGCGUAUUGUACAACGAAUAGUACGUUAAUAAACUUCAUCACUUGGCAAAAAUUGUGUAUCCCUUGUACCUUCCCUCUAAGAAGAAGACAGUCUAGAUAGGCACACACUCGAGUCUCGAGUAGCCGGCAAGAUUUUAAUUAGUCCGGGAAACAAUCGCUCGUUCUCGCUGGAGGAAGGUAUUCAUCGCGCUUUCGUAUCCUUUCAUUCGAGCAAAGCUGAUCCCCGAGGGUCCUCUAAAAACUUCUUUUCACCGAAACUUAUCGCUGGCUUCUUACAAUUUCAAGGGAAAAAAGAUUGAGGGGAGGGAAGGCGAGGAGGAGAGAGGAAGGGAGACAGUAAGAAAGAGAAUCGUGGUUACAAGUAGGAUCGUUUAAUCGCUUUGCCGUUAAGGCUAAAAAAACGGCACGCCGCCGUGCACUGGAUUCCAUUAAUGCGGUAACACGCCAGAGUAUUACGCGCCAUGGUGGUGAAACUGUGUCACCAAGUUUGUUUCUCAACCCUCCCCUUCCCCCCUGGUGCGCGAAUAUUCCCAGAAUAUCGCUCUCGAAAUACAUGGGCAAACGGCAAUAAGAGAGGAAGGGAAAUUUUAACCAGGCGAAAACGAAAUGUUGCAAUUCGGCGCAAUAUCCCCCGGUUAAGUAGAAGAUAGACACAAAAGCGUGCAAUGGCAAAUGUGUAGGAAUCGAUCUGUCCUACCUUCAUAAUACCGGCAACUCUCUCGUGCAUAAUCAUGAGAAUGUAUGACAUACGUAUGUAUGCCCUGGUUUUCCUUGCCCACCACCACCACCACCACCACCACCACCACCGCCGCCGCCGCCGCCGCCGCCAUCGUCGCCGCCACUACCUCCUGCCGCUGCUCCAACCCCGUUGCUAUUCCCCCUCGCCACCGAAAGGAUCGUUAGCACGAAGUAAUGCCAGUGAAGGAUAUCCGUUCGAAAAGGUCAAGAGUCCACGUCGAGAUUGCCGUGUUCUACGCGGGCCUGAUUCUUUCAUUGUUCCCAUGCUACGUCUCUCUCCUUUUCUUCCUCCACGUGUACAUUUCCGUUUCGACCACGGCCCAGAAAAAAAUAAAAGGGGAAAGGAGAAAGGUUGGGGAAGGGGAGGGGAGAGAGAAAGGGGGGAAAAGAUCCAAAAAACACGGAGAGCCACCGCAUUCUUCUUUUACCUUUGAAACAUUACGAGCUCGAGAGCUUUGAUGGACUCGCUAAUGGAACGUUUAUCCCUCGAAGUCCUGUAAUACUUGAUGGGACGAAAUGGUCCGCGAAUUUUUCCAUUACUUUUUCCUUUUACUCGGAGGUGGAAAAUUUGAAAUUAAAAAUACCACCGCGAUUCGAUCUUUUACCAUCACCACCACUUACUUCUAGAUGUAAUCUCGUGCCCUUGUUUCGUUUCGAGGUUUAACUAACGACUUAACGACUCGACGAGACUCGAUUAUUAAACGCGUUAAAAAAAGAGAGAUCGAAAAAUCGCGGAGGAGACACGCGUACCAUUUCGUCCAAUUUGUUCCACGGAUUGUACCUCGAAAUGCAAUCCUAUGUUUCGUCCUUCCAAUCGUUCCUUUUUUUUUUAUCGGCGGCAAUUGGCACGGUACACGUCGGCCAAUAAAUUGUGCAGGGAAACGAGAUGAGCGUGGAAAACACGGGUACGAUAACCCCGGUUCGACCUCGAGUGGACUCUUGACCCGCUUUCAGGACCCGUUUAAUUCAUGGUAACGUUCCGUUGUAGUUGAUUAAAUCGCCACCCUAUCGAUCCGCGAUCGUUUGAUCGGCAUGGCUAAUCGAGCGGCCUGAAAGCGCGCCGAUAGUCAACCGGAGAAUCCAUCGAAACAGUUAUCAAUCUCUUUAUUCGAAUCCCGUGCCCCGGAUCUGGGUCAACGCGGGCGAAAGUAUAUACGCCGAAACAUCUCCCUUUUUUUUUUUUUUCCUUUGCUAGGUUUCGAUUGCGCCGCACACGACCGAAUAAGUUUAAUCCUUGAACCCUCGACGAGAGAUCCCCGCAAAGUUAGUCCAUUAGGGAUGGCGAAAAAGUUUCACCGAAAUUCCUUCUUAAUUAUUCACGACGCGCUCGAAAUCGCGUGCACGUAAAGUAUUGAGCGAAUUUUUCAUUUAUCAUCUUAACAGUAUCGAGCAAAUAUUGUUACCUCGGUUUGCUUUCGAUCUUCUCUCUUCUAAUUGUUCGCGCGAGUCUGUAAUAGCUUUCACCCUUGAUUCUUGUAAUUAAAAUUAAUCGCGUGUCGCGAUGCAACCUUCCCUUUCUUUCCUCUAGAAGAAAUUGAUCGAUGCUUCGCCUCUUGUUACAAGCUUCCCUUUCUUCUUUCCUUUCUAAUUACAUUCGCUUCGUUGCAAAAAAUACACAUAUAUGUAUAUAUAUACGUACACUAGCUGCGCAUUAACCGUUUGUACGACAAGCGAAAUAUUAAACAUCAGCUUGACAAUACCGUCACGUCCCGCACAAUUGUCAAUGGCUAUUCGUCAUUCAAUCAUCGCAGCAGUCGCACUUUGCGCGUGGCAGUCGCAAAACAAAAGAUGACCUCGUGACGAGCGAGCGAUGCGACGGUGAACGAAAGAAAGAAUGCUUCGUAGUCGGUAAAAGUUGACGAGCGAAGAGAACACCGUGGAGGAAUUAUGCCGGACAAAAAUCGAGGCUGUCGAGAUGGACAACGCGACAAAGAUUUCUUUGCCGACGAGAUAUCGUCCAUCGGCAUGUCGUUACGGCCCAGCGGUAGCGCUUCUUCCGGUAUCUCAUCCCUUGCGAGUUGUGGCGAGGUGGAUGCGUUGCCGGAAUUACCAGCCCAGGACGAGGAACGAUUGCAACGCGCCGCACGUUUGUUGCAACAAAGGCUCGUUUUACGCCAAUGGCUCACUGACCAUGGCUUGCACAGCCAUUAUCAAAAAUUAAUGCAGAUGGAAGUGAUGUCUCUGGAGGAUGUGUAUUGGGUGGAGGAUAAUGCGGCACGGGCAGCCCUUGGCAAGGAUUUACCGCGAUGGACCCAGGCCAGACAGACGUUGCCUACUUCAAAGGAAGAUUUAGAAACCCUCAAGGCUGAUUUGUGGAGCGCCGUGGUGAAAAAUAGCCAACAUCAAGACGCUUGGACAUGGGGUGGAAUGUUAGUUGUCUCUGUGUCGGUAGCAGGGUUAGUGACCCUGGCUGCUAUGACACAGCCGGCUCUAGCACCAGAGGCAAAACACUCCUUGUUACAAUAUGUGACGGGAAAGUAUUUACUACCGAGCAAUUGUCGGGUUCAUUUUGCAUGGGAUGAGCCGCAACUUGUGGGAGAAACCAUGACGUUUACAGUGAAGUUUUAUCAACGCAACGGCCAACCGUACCCAAUUUGUGACAAAGACAAUUUGAUCGUCGAAGUCACAGAGGGUACACGAAGAGUAGCUACCCUAAUAGAGUUAGGAGGCACUGAUCCCUUAGCUGCAAACACUGCAGUUGUAAAGUUUACUGUCCGCCAUGCUGGACAAUAUCGAAUAGCCGUACUUAUUGGUUCGUGUCACGUUCACGGCAGCCCGUUUCUUAAAAAUUUUCUUCCCGGCCCCCCAGAUCCGAAUAAGACCGUCUUCGUACGACAAAGUUCAACGGUCGUUUGUACAGCCGGAGUUGCACAUUCUAUGACAAUAGAGCCGCGAGAUGAAUACGAUAAUUUAUGCAUAUUUGGACCUGGUGAUAAACCUACGGAGGGUUAUCAAGUUAACAUUACUCAGGCAAGUAAUAUCGGUAGUACAAUGAAUAAAUCGGCUAUUACAAAUUGCAGUAUACAAUUUGACUAUGACUCUCCAAAUCAAAGGAUUCGUUUAAAAGUCAGUUUUCCCAAGGGCAAUUGUUACCAUGCGACAGUUAGUUUACGUGGGCUGCAGCUACAUAACGGGGAUUUUGACAUCAUUGUACUCGAGAGUGAUGUUGCUAGAAUGGUACAUAAUAACGUGGCCUCGAAAGAUCCCAACAUUUGUUAUGCCGCAAAAUUGUUGGGCAUGCAAGGAGAAAAAUUUUCGAAACCGAAAAAAGUUGUCUGCUUUAUUUCGCCUAAACAGCUCACUAUCAAGGAAUACUUGUUGAGAAUUAUACCAAAAAGGCUCGUUACUUUCAGGCUUUGCCCGUCAACUAAAUUCCAUUUUGAUUGUUCAAAUAAUCAAUACGAUGGUUACGACUCUUUUUCUAUCGAUGAUGGAUGUCAGCCACCCGUUGAAUUAAUUUCUCUGUAUCGAGAUAUAAUAGCCGCUACAUUUACGUUGUUUUUGUUGAAAAAUAUAGGUGGAAGUGAAACUUUUGCUGACAAACAAGAUUUCUUUUAUCACGAAGUUCGAAAGCAUCAUCAAAAACAUUACCACGAAAAACUUCUGGUGAAAGUUCAACGCGAUAAAUUGCUAGAAUCGUCUAUGAAAUCUACAAAAGGAUUCUCUGUUAGUGAUUGGUGUAGAAAUUUUGAGAUCAGUUUUCAAGGUGAACAAGGCGUUGAUUGGGGCGGUGUUCGACGAGAGUGGUUCGAAUUAAUUUGCGCGGCUCUAUUCGAUUCAGGAAACGGUUUAUUCGCAUCCUUCGGAGAAUCACAGCAGGCACUAGUUCAUCCUAACAGUAAACGGCCUUCACAGCUUAAACUAAAGCAUUAUGAGUUUGCAGGGCGAAUCGUAGGCAAAUGCUUGUAUGAAUCUGCUCUUGGUGGUUCCUAUAGACAGUUAGUACGUGCAAGAUUUACGAGAUCAUUUCUUGCACAAAUCAUAGGCCUCAGAGUACAUUACAAGUAUUUCGAACAGGAUGAUCCAGAUUUAUAUCUGAGCAAAAUAAAGUAUAUUCUUGAAAAUGAUGUCGAGGAAAUGGAACUUUAUUUUGUCGAAGAAGAAUAUGACAAAGAUGGUCAAUUAUUAAAAGUAGCUGAAUUAAUUCCCGGAGGUAGUAAGAUUCGUGUAACAAACGAUACGAAACUUCGUUAUUUGGAUGCACUCGCACAACAUAGGCUCGCUAGUUCCGUACGAAACGAAGUAGAACAUUUUCUAAGAGGUCUAAACGAACUUAUUCCUGAUAAUCUUUUGGGAAUUUUUGAUGAAAACGAACUUGAAUUAUUAUUGUGUGGUACUGGUGAAUACAGCGUAGCAGAUUUACGUGCGCAUCAUAUAGCUAAUGGAAGCUCUCCAGAGUUUCUUCGAGUUCUUGAUUGGUUCUGGACUGCAGUUAGCAACUUCACGCAAGAGGAGAUGGCCCGAUUAUUACAAUUUACCACAGGCUGUUCGCAAUUACCACCAGGUGGAUUUCAACAAUUGAGUCCACGAUUUCAAAUUACAGCAGCACCAACUUUUGCUAAUUUGCCUACAGCACAUACUUGCUUCAAUCAGCUCUGCUUACCCGAUUAUGAAUGUUACGAUCACUUUGAGCGAGCUUUGUUAUUAGCGAUUAGUGAAGGUACUGAAGGAUUUGGUAUGAUUUAAAGAUUAAAUGUCAAUUAAGUUCUAGUCUUAUCGAAUUUUACUAUUUAUUUAUCUUCUUUUUUUUUAUUUGUAAUUAAUACAAUUUUAUUUAAAUAUUAUUUACGAGAUCAGAAAAAAUUAUUACAUUUUUAAAAAAAAAAGAAAGGAAAAAAAAAUUUUUUUCUUUUUUCUUUUUUUUUUUUUAUUUUUUUUUUUACGUUUUGGCAAAUGACUAUCAAUAUAACAAUCCAAUAUAUUUCAAAACAUAAAUAACGAUAUUAAUAUUUUUACUGGCUUGUGGUAACGUUUUUAUAAAAAAGUGAUACAAAGAGCAAUCUUAUAGAAAUAUCAAAAUUGCUCAAUUUAUUGUAUCAAGAUUUGUUAUAGUUUAAAAUAUUCUAAAUUUUAUUACUCAUAAAAAUAGAUACAUACACGUUCCUCAAGCCAUCAAAUUCGAUAUAAUCAACUGUACAAUUUAUUAAUACGCAAUGAAACAUUUUUUUAUAGUUGCCGAAUUAGCUAAAGUUAGUUAUAUAUAUUAUAAAGUUUGAGAAGGUCGUUGUGAGAUUUAGGUCAUUCACCUAAUCAGUAUUUUUAUCUUUUACUCUUCGCUAGAAAUAUAUAAAUGAAUGAAGAAAAGAAUGUUUUGAAAAAUGUAUUAUUUUUUCAUUGUUGUCUUUUAUUUCCUUCUUUUUAUUUUUUUUCCUUUUUUUCUUUUUUUAACUCUGAUAUUACAGAGCAAUCAAAGAUGAGAUUUUUUUUACAUCCAUAAGUACUAUAAUAAUUUUUACAAAAUUCUUUUUAUUGCAAAUAAAAAUGCACCAAGCAUUUUUUUUAUUUUCAUGUUUCUCUAUAAAUUUUUAAGGAAUAAUAAAUCAAUGAAUAUGACCGAAUUUCAAGAUUGUAGGGCAACAUUAUUUGUUGUCAGGAUUAAUCUAUGCAUAAAAGAUGUUUUAGAUCGUCUAGAAAAUAUAACAUAAAAUUACAUCCAACAACAAUUCAAAUAUAAAACGAUUUUGUGAUAAUAUAAGAACGAAUCUUCCGAACUGAAAUUUGUGCCGUAUCUUCACUUACCGUACGAAAGCCUCAAAUAAGAAAGGAUGUUUACUAUACUGGCAGAAGCAUAAAAAAAUAUACCGCAGAAAUCAUAUUGUUAUCGAACAAAAUGAAAAUCAAUGUUAUCUUGUACUUAAGUACAUAAUAAUAAGAAAUGUGAUCAGACACGUCGUAUUUGUGUCACUCGUACGUGGUUACUUAGAUUUUACGAUCUAUUGUAACGUGUUUUUUGAAAAAAAUAUUAUACCAUGAGUAUCGCUCUAUUACAAAAAUUUAUUUUAUCUCGGUUAAAAAUGUAUAUUUUAAUGUUACGUAAAAUACGAUCAAUUAAGAUUGUUUAUAUACAUAUUAAUCGAUUAUUGAAUGUAUUUAUUGAAAUUGCAUAAUAAAAAGAAAUAAAUCAUCGUCAUUGAGCGAUUCUGACGGUAUCUUAUUUUUAUCAUUUUAUCAUGUUACGCGAAAAAAGGAUAAAAUAUAGAUUUAAAAAAUGUA